UGCGGUGUAAGAUUAGAGGAAGGUUUGCAAUGCAAGCUUCAGACUGGUUGUUGCCGCGCCGCCCACACCCACCCGCCCCGCCCCGCCCCGCCCGUCGUUCCUCUCUUCCCCUUCUACCUCGCGCCGACACGAGUGGAUCUGCUGCUCGUGGAGCUCCCUGCCGCGCCCUCUUGUGUGGAGCUUCCGCCCUUGGAGUAAGCGCUUCCCUCCGGCCUCCAUCGAGCUUCCCUCCCCUUCGCAUUCGUAGAUCCCGGAGAUCAGGCGGCGGGCAGGAAGACCACACCCGGCGUGUCUCUAGCCGCGGACCACGUGGCGGCGGACAUGUUGCUUCCGGCUCCACUGGCGCCAAAUACAGCGCCCAACAAGCAACCCUCCUCCGUGCUGCCGCCGAGCAAACCCUCGCUAGCGUGCCGCGAUAAGUUGCGCGCGGUGGCGCACAAGUUAGCUGAGCAACCUGUUCAUGGCACCGAGCCCGGGGCCUGGGGAGUCCUCACAGCCAUCUCCGAGAAGGCCCGUCUCCUGCCGCAGGGAACGGAUAUUCCAUUAUGUGCCGAUGAGCACUGCUUUGGCCGCACAGUCCAUGAUCACCGUUUCAGGAUUUCUGAUAUAUUGGUCAGCUCAUGCCAUUGCAAGAUAUAUAUGGACACCGUGUUGAAGGAGUUGAACCCCAAUGGGCCUUCACCCAUUUUUCUCAAGGACACAAGCACAAAUGGCACAUACAUCAAUUGGAAAAGGUUUAGAAAAUCUUCAGCUCCAGCCAAGCUUACUCAGGGGGACAUUAUAUCAUUUCCAUAUGUUGCCCAUGACGAAGCUUCCUACACAUUUGUCUACCGUGAGGUUACUGAAAUCCACUCAGAAGAGAAUGGAACAGCCACUAAAAGAAAAUUUGGUGAUGGAAUGUGCUGCCUUAUGUUUUGUUGUCGCAUUACAACUAUAUGUUACAAGUUCAGUUUUUUUUUACAAAUAUUUGUAUCUGACUCUACAGGUGAGGUUGGUUCUGAAAACAAGAUGCUAGAGGACACUAUGGUUGGUUCUGCUGAUGGUCCUGUUUCGCUAGAUGUUAGAAGACCGCAAAAAACUAGAAAGGGUCCCAAGGAACAACUUGCAUCACAUUUUGCCAUGAUCAAGGAAUUGAGGACUGAAAUAAAAUUGGCUCAUGUGCGGCAUGAAAAGGAAGUGAAGGAGUUAAAAGAUACCAUAGCGAGUUCACAGCUAGCUCUAGUGGGGAAUCAAAAACGAUUUGAUUUGGUUAGUGAAUUAAAUAUGGAGUUAAAAGGUACGAUAAAGUAUCUUGGGGAGAGGCUCGAUGCAUCUGAUAAAUCGCAAGCUGAAGCUGGCAACACAAUUAAUAGGCUGAAGUUUAACAUAUGUAAGCUUGAGGCGCAGUUACAAGAGGAGAGGAACUUGAGAAUGGAGUAUGAUAAGUCUUCAGAAGACUUAAAAUGUUCAUGCCAGGAAUAGAAAGAAGUUAUUAGCAAGCUUCAGCGCAGGAUAAAACUACCUGCACAUAUUACGCUUUUGAACCGCUUUACAGAGAGGAGCUGAAAAAGCUAGAGAAAAAAAAGAAACAAAUAGAUUAGUUUGAUUCUUCAUCGGCAUUGGAGGGCAAUUCCAGCAAGGUGGAGACUGAGAUAGGUGAUCUGAAUGCAAAUACCAGCAUCCUAAAAGCUGAGAUAGCUGAACUGAAGGCCAUUGCCAGCAAUCUAAAACUCAGAUAGGUGCUUUGAAGACAAAUACCUGCAUGCUGAUGAGCUUUGAGUAGCUUCUGAAAGUGAUGCACCUUGUGACUUUGGUGCUUUGUCUCUAUGUCGUCUUGUUUUUCAAGCAUUAAGGUUUUUCGGUUCUGAGCUUAUGAUGGCCGUAUUAGACAUGGAUGAUGGUGUGGCAUGGCCUUGGUAUCGCUUGGUGUUCCCAUGCGAUGGCUACUUGUGUAUCAGUCCAAUUGGUGGUGACUACGCAAUGUGUCUAUCCGUCUCAGCUUCUACCAGGCGUUGGCAA